CCACCAUCAAGAAAGAAGCAAAAACUAUGUGGAACUUCUUCAAAUCGAAGUAUUGAAAAUUUUAAUGAUGUAACUGCUGUCAGUGGCAUCAAUCUUCAGGAAGAGGAAAAACAAUUAUUGGAUUCUGGGCCUAAAAAAAGCAGUCGUGUUGCUAAAGAAUUUCGAAGAGUUGUGCAUGAAGAGGAAGCCAAAACGAUUUUGCAGAAAAUUCCACUGCAGAGAAAGCUGACAGAAAUUAGUUGGGUUUUCCAACCCAUCUCUUAGCUGCUUCUUUGAUCUUUUCUUGGAAUCACUUGGAGAAGAAGUUUCAUAUAUGACAGUGGCAAAAAGUGGUUUAAAGCAUAUAGACCAUGAUGUAGAGCGGUGCUUGUCUCUGUGCGUGGAGGAGAGGAUGCGGGGACUAUUGUCGAAUAUAAUACGAAUACCAAAGCAGCGGACUGAUGCUGAGAAGUGUAGACAUCAGACUUUUAUCACGUCUGAUAUCCGGAAAGAAAUUAAUGAAAUGAAUCGGAAGGCGAAAGAGGAAUGGGAAAAGAAACAUGGUGGAGAAGAAAAGGCUAAGAAUGAAGACAAUGAUUUUGAAAAAGAAGACAACCAUUCCAGACAAGUGAAGGCAAAGAAGGACGCAGAUGAAAGGAGAGCUAAGGCUGCAAAUGUUGCUGUUCAUGCAGCCUUUGGAGGAGAUGAUCUGUUUUCAAAAUGGAAAGUUAUGGCAGAAGCACGUCGUAAUAAAUCAUCUACAGGGCCAGGAAGAAACUCCAAGAAACUUUCUGGUGAAAUUGGUGGCACAAAAUCUGGGAAGAACCAGGGUUUAACAGAAGUCCGGUCAAUCUCUGUGAAGGAUGUGAUUGCUGUGCUGGAAAAAGAGCCUCAGAUGGCGAGAUCGACGCUAUUGUAUCGCUUAUACAAUAGGAUCUGCUCGGAUGUUUGAACCGAAGAGAAGAGAUAUAAAC